AUGGACUCCACCCGGCUGUUGAAGCCGCGCUGGAACAGAAAACGAUGCCAGCUGGCCAAGUGGAUGCCGGGCCUCGGGACGGUGUUGAUCGUGUUGUUGCUGCUCAUCAUCUGCUGCCUGCAAAAUGAGCGCAGCUACUUCUCGACCCUCGUCCAGGCCUUGACAAUGUUCGACGCCCGGUUUUCGAGGCGGAUUUUGGGCAAUGAGGAGCCGUUUGUGUUCGUUGGCGGGAUGCCCCGAUCCGGAACGACGCUAAUGAGAGCUAUGCUGGACGCACACGAGCGGAUUAGAUGCGGCGAAGAAACGAUGGUGAUCCCCUGGAUUCUGAAAAGCCAUGAGGAAUGGGUGAAGCGCAGGGGGAUCACGGAAGGAAGCGGGCUAUCCGAAAAAGUGCUUGAUGAAGCUGUGUCGGCUUUUAUCUCGGAGGACCCAUUCGCAUUAUUUUACGUCGACUAUCUCGCUGAUUUGUUCCCGGAAUCGAAGUAUAUUUUGAUGCUGCGAGAUGCACGCGCGACGGUCCAUUCUGUCAUCACGCGAGAAGUCCCGAUCAGCGGGUUUAAUAGAACGAAUUAUGAGCAAUGCUUCCAAGCCUGGAACGGCAACAUGCGCAAGCUGGUCAGCCAAUGUCGAGGGGCCACCGGGCGAUGCUUGAUGGUCCACUACGAAUCACUGGUGCAAUCGCCGCGCGAGCAGAUGGCGGAAAUCUUGGCGUUUUUGGAGGAGCCGUGGUCGGAGAACGUGCUGCAACACGAGAAAUUUGUGGGCGGCGAAGUGAUGCUCAAUCCGAACGAGUUCAGCACCAAUCAGGUGGUCCAACGAGUCAACCUGAAGGCAAUGACAGCUUGGAAGGGAUUUUUCAAUGACGAAUUGCUGGGGAAAAUCCCGAGAUUGGCGCCGAUGAUGGCAAGUCUAGGCUACGACCCAUUCGAUCUCGAUCCCGACUAUGCGAAAUGGGCUCUAACGACAGACAAAUCU